ACAGACUCUUUCUCGCCCAACGGCGAGAUCUUGCUCACGAUGAUAGCGACAGCAGUAAUACUCGGGAUCGUCAUUCUAGCGACUGUGAUCGGGAAUGUCUUCGUGAUUGCCGCCAUCCUGCUGGAGCGCAAUCUGCAGAGCGUGGCCAACUACCUGAUCCUGUCGCUGGCCGUGGCGGACCUGCUGGUGGCGUGCCUGGUCAUGCCGCUCAGCGCUGUGUACGAGGUGUCCCAGGAGUGGCGCCUGGGCGCCGAACUCUGUGAUAUGUGGACAUCGAGCGAUGUUCUCUGCUGCACGGCAUCGAUUCUCCACUUGGUGGCAAUAGCUUUGGACAGAUACUGGGCUGUGACUGACAUAGAUUAUGCCCAUCAGCGCACGGCGCGACGCAUCGGCGUGAUGAUUCUUGUGGUGUGGACGCUGUCGUUCCUCGUGUCGGUGGCGCCGCUGCUGGGCUGGAAGGAUCCCGAGUGGAGCAAUAGACUCAACAUUGACCUGAAGUGCAUGGUGUCGCAGGACGUGGGCUAUCAAUUGUUCGCCACGGCGUCCAGCUUCUAUCUGCCACUCCUUGUCAUCCUCGUGCUGUAUUGGCGCAUUUUUCAGACGGCGCGCAAGCGAAUCCGUCGGCGACAACAGGUGAGCGGCGCUCAGGCCCAGCCGUGCGGCAUGAUCGCCACGGCGGCGGGCGGCAGCGCUGGCGUGGCGGCGGCCGUGGUGACUGUGAUCGGACGGCCGCUGCCGACCAUCAGCGAGACGACCACGGCCUUCACGAAUGUCUCGUCCACCAACACGAGUCCCGAGAAGACGUGCAACAACGGCGUGGAGAAGGAAAAGCCGCCCGCCGUGGAGCCAGAAUCCACCACCGUGGACCUGUCCGUGGCUUAUCCCGCCACAUCGGCGACGCCCACCAUCCGGACGACCAUCACGCGCCGGAAGCACCACAACUCGACAGACUCGAAGCGGGAACGGAAGGCUGCAAAAACACUGGCCAUCAUCACAGGCGCCUUCGUCUGUUGCUGGCUACCGUUUUUCAUCCUCGCCGUGCUCAUUCCAGUCUGUGCCUCGUGCGACAUCUCGCCCAUCGUGAUGAGCAUCUUCCUGUGGCUGGGCUACUUCAACAGCACGCUCAACCCUAUCAUCUACACCAUCUUCUCGCCAGAGUUCCGGCAGGCCUUCAAGAGACUCCUGUGCAGGCGCAAGAGUCACCGGCUGCGGAGUCGCCACAUGGGACUGAGACGAAAGAACUGACAUGAUAAAAGAGAAUACAAGCUGAGGAAAUUGGCACCCUUCUCGACACCUUCUCGAAGGAAUCAUCCUUUUUCUCCGCAACACCCACUUACAGUGCGGGCCGUGAGUUUAGGCACCGCUAAAGGCGCAAAGAGUGAUUCUGAGGGAGAUUUACUCUGAGAUCGCGUACAGAGGAAAAAAUUCAUGCAAAUCAACGUUAUCAAAUGAAGUAGAGUCAGUUGAGCUUUCAGACGCAUAAAAUGGGUUAUUAAUGGGAAAUAUUUCCCUACAAGUUUCCUCUGAGUAUCGCGUCUCAAUAAUUCUCAAGUGCACUGUUGUUCGGUUAAGUGGAAAUCUUUGCAAAAGUCGAUGAAUUUGCGAAAGUAAUCAAUAGGAAAAUAGCCGAGAAUAUUAAUGGUUUGUGUGCAAUGCUCAGCGAGAGCAAACAAUCAAGAAGGAGAGAGUGAUUGGUGCAGAGGCGGAAAAAUACCGUGAGAAAAGCAGGAAGUGAGAAAAGGAGUUAAUUAAUUAAUGUGCACAGACAAACACACACACACACACACACACCAAAUAAUCCACUCAAUGGGAAAUUAUUUGGGUAAUUGAUACACACUCUGAGGUGUUGUUAUUAUUAGAAAAAAAGGGGUGGAAUUUAUUUACAAGUCAAUGGGCGAUGGUGGAAAGAAUGAUAUGAUAUGACCACGUGGAACAAUAACAAGAAAGUUAAGCGUGAAAUAAACACUCACAAGUCAUCCAUCAUGAAAUAUUGCCAACACACACCAGAAGAAGAAGGAGAAAAAAAAGCAGACAGCAAAGCUCAAAAUACACAGGAAAAUAUAGGAUAUGAGCGGAGAUUUAUUUAAUAUUUAGAGAGAAAGAGAGCUGUUCGCAGAAAAUAUGUAAUAAAUAAUGCGCGCAAAAAUGUGUGAGAGAAUCGACUUUUAUUGAAAACCAAUCUUCCAUAAUAUGUGCGAAUGUGAGUAGCAAGAAAAAAAAGGAGAUACAUUUAGAGAGGGAGUAUUUUAGCCAAGGAAUGUCAAAGGAAUGAAAAAAAAACUCUUCAUUUUCAUCACAAUACCAUAUUUACACGAAGAGAGAGAGAGAGAGAAUAUUUUAUAUUUAUAGAAAAUGAUCAUGUUAAAACCUAUUUAAAUGCGAGAGUGAAAUUUAUUGUUAGGAGAAUGAUUAAAUGUUGAAUUUGCAUUUGAGUGUUUACUGGGCGCAAAAAAGGUGCAAAUUACGUAAAUUACUUUGAACAUUUGAGGCGUGCGCGUGUAUUUUCAAUUCAACCAAAAGACUCUUUUCGCAAUCUUUCACUCUGGUGCAAAAGGUGCUUUUUGUGCGGAGAUAGGCAAAUGAAAGGGGAUUUCAGCGUGUGUUAACACAGCCAUCGAAGGUAUUUCCUUCGGCAGGAGACACGCCGAGAGGAAGAGUGAGUAAGAGAAAGAGUGAAAGUAUUUAUCCCUUUGAAGAGAUUAUCCUUAAUUUUCAUUUUUCCCUCAUUUUCUCACAGUUUACUUUUUGGGGUGGCUUUCCAAUGAGACACACACACACACACAGAAGUAGAAGAGAAGUGAAGAAAAAAAGAUCCCAAAAACAGCCAUGAUAAAGAUGUGGCGAAAUCCUUUCGCGUCAGACGACAGGAGAAGAAGAAGAAAUUACGUGAAGUACAAUCAUUAAUAUUUAUAUGAUACUGAGAACAUAUAUAAAUACACAAAUGGCAGAAUUUCCCUGAGAAAAGAAGUGAAAAAAAAUGGAGCCCAGCAUGAAAGGGAGGAAAAGUUCACUAGCAAGAGACAGAGAGAGAGAGAGAGAGAGAGAGGGUGAGAUUUAUGAAAAGAAGAAUAAAUGGGGGGAAAAAGGAUCAAACGUAAUGGCAAGGCGAGGAUGAGAUGAGGAGGAGACGAAACUUUUUGUGUGUGAUUUUUCCCUAAAAAACACAAAUUCCAAGAGAGAGACUUUCCAAAGUGUGCUCGGAGGACAUAAAUACAUAUUUCCCGUUACACACUUUAGCAAUCUCUUCCACUGUUUUCCAUUUGUAUAGACAUAAAAAUAUCGUCAAUGCUCGCCCAUGACAGAGGGAAAAAAUGCCUGGAAUGGUGGAGAUGGAGAAGAAAAGAAAGUGAGUUGAAGAGUGUUAAAAGAACCUCUUUUCUCUUCAUUGAAAUAUACUUUUAACAUUGGAUUCUUCUUCGAUACAGUGAAAAAAAAACAGAGUUUUUCAAUCUUCCAAGCACACUCCCAUCAUAUUAAUAUAAGAGACUCUCGCCUGUGUUAUUAUCUCUCUGCAUCAUAAU